UGGCCCCUCCGGUGUCCAACAAUGCUCAGGUCGUUCCCAGUUCCCAUUCCUCCAUCCCACACCAAAAUCUUUCCCCUCGGCGAGUACGAGUGAAAAGAAAGCAACUUUCUUCCAAGAAUGGGGGGCGGCGCCGGCGACGAGGUGGUGGAGGUGAGCUGCGGUGGCGACCCAGGGGCCUACGCGGCGGUGCUGAAGAGGAAGCUGGACAUGUACUGCGCCGCCGUCGCCAAGUCCAUGGAAGCUAAAUCACAAGAAUCUUCUUUGGGCUACCCCAACUCACAAGCUUCAGACACUUCUCAAUUGAUUUCUCCAGCUUCUUUUGAUGGUGAUGGAGAUGGAGCAAGCCUAAUCACAAACUCAAAUGUCAUAGACAAUGCUGAUUUUCAAGGCAAGCCAGCUAACAGUGGCACAUCAAGGGAACAGUCAGACGAUGAUGGCAAUCUUGAGGAGAAUUCUGACCCUGCUAAUGCAAAGAAGAUGAGGAGAAUGCUGUCAAAUCGAGAAUCAGCUAGGCGGUCAAGAAACAGGAAGCAAGCUCACCUGAACGACCUCGAAUCACAGGUUUCCAGUUUAACAGCUGAUAAUGCAUCUUUGCUAAAGCGCCUGGCUGACAUGACUCAGAAAUACAAGGACUCUACCCUUGAGAAUAGAAAUCUUAUAGUUGAUGUUGAGACUAUGAGGAGAAAGGUGAACAUAGCUGAGGAAGCUGUCAGGAGAGUAACUGGAAUAACCCUCCUGUUAUCCACCACAUCUAACCUGCCUGCAAGCUGCAUGCCCUUAACUUCAUGCAUGUCUGAGGCGGCUUCUGCUGCUCUUCCCAUUGAAGAGAGCAUGAAACAAUUUUUCCAGGCGCCUCUCCUAGAUGAUCAGAUCAAGCCUGACCUCCCAAAUGCGGCAACUUCUGGGACCAGUGGGGAGAUGGACGCCAUGCCAUCCUCUCUGCGACAUGUCGCUAGCUUGGAGAACCUGCAGAAGAGGAUGCAUGGAGAUUCAGUACAUUCUGAGACUUGUAAUGCUAAGCUUCGGUGGUAAUGGAACUUGUAUCACCCAUGCAUCUGGGUGAUAUCAAUGCCGUGGUUUGUAUACUAUCCUGAAGGUAAAUAAUCUGUGCUUAAGGCUGCCAAUUUUGACUCUUUGCACUUCGUAUGUACAUCACAAACCACGAAUGCACAAGAAAGAUACAUUUAGGAAUAUUAUAGAGGAUGGUUCAGACUUCAGAAUCCCUGCUUUUGUUGUCAUUUAUAUGAAGCUUUCUCUGCUAGAUUGCAAAUGUAGCUUUCUCUGUUGUAUAUAA